AUGGUUGUCAGCUCCCUCGUGCGUCGAGGUGUGGAGCUUGCCUCCGAGCAGUUCCAGAAGCACCCAAAGCAGCCUUCCAAGCAACCGCCCGAGAUCCAAUUGUCGGGAUGGCUCGUCGCUCUCUUUUUCGCUACAUUGAUUGCUUUUGUUCUUAUUUCUUGGUCGAUCGAGUACACCUAUGGCAUGGUCGUCACCACUCUCGCUGCGGUUGAAGAUAGCAACCCGGAUAUCUAUGUCCGCAUCGACGGUGACAUGGAUCCCAACAAGCCCGUCGAUGCAGUCGAACCCGAGUUGGCAGCUGUGCCUCCCAAGCCCGUCACUAGCAAGCUCCGUACCACCAUCAAGCACCUUCGCGCCCGUGCCGGUCCCUGGUCUCGAUUCCGCGGCUUGAGCAUGUUCCUCACAUAUCUUUUCGCGCGGGGUUUCUUGCUGGGUAUGAUGCCCUUGGCCAUGGACCAGUUUGUUGGACAGUUCAUUUUCCAAAUGGUUGUUGGUGUUCUCCUGGCGAACUUUCAGUUGGCUUGGGUCCACAUUGUCAUCUCGGAGCCUUCCCCUAAGCGCUUCUAUCAGCGUAUCCCUGGCUACAAGGCCUGGUUGAAGAUCGCACCCGUUGUGGCCUUUGAGCAUGCUGUUGCUGGUCUUGCAUUCUAUGUUCCUCUCGUUCUGACCAAGGCUUGUGGCGGCUUGGAUGGAUUGGCGUCCGCCCCCGAGGAUGGUGUCCCUCCCGCCGAGGCUCUUCGCCAGGCGCUCACAGUUGUCGCGCUUCCUUCUCUGCUUUCGCUGAUUGCGUCCAUUCCUGCUCGUGUGAUCUUCAUCCGUGUCGCCGCUUCCAUGCUCCCCGAAGAGGACGAGUCUAUUGUGCCUUUCGAUCGCUCUUUCGGCGGAAAGGUGACUCCUGCUAUUCUCGGGGGCAGCGGUAAGCUCAGCAUCACCGAUGCCUGGAAGACCUUCGACCGCGCUUCUCGGAUUCGUUUUCUAAAGGUGGUUGGCAAAGUCAUGGCCCUUGAAUUCGGGGUGUUUGUGUUCUUCUCGCUGGCGCUCGCGGGCGAAGUCUACAUGGGAGCUGAGUCUUUCAUGAAGAUCAUUGCGGACAUGGUCGCUCGCAACGGCGGCGGCGCUUAA